AUGUUGGAUGACUGCACGCCUCUUCAUGUCUUUAAGAGAGGCUCUGUUACAGCUGCAAGGUAUACAGAUGUGGUCGUGGAGCCCUAUGCUCACCUCUUGAGGGGCGCUGCUAGUCCUGAGUUAAUUUUAAUAGAUGUUAACACAAGGGCGCAUAGAGCUCCUUUGGGUGGCGAAUUUCCUGAAGGGGAUUAUAUUCACUGGAUGGAUUAUCCAAGUAGAUCUCUAGACUCCAAUCCUAUAGAGCAUAUCUGGGACGUUCUCGGGAGGGCAAUAGCAACUCACAACACCCCUCCGAUUGCAUUUAUUAAGAUGCUAGAAUCAAAAAAGGAGUUAGUAGUUUUAGAGGCCAAUCUGUCCAGUGCUUCCACAAAACGUAGUCCUUUUCAUCUACUUUCAAGUAUAUUCAGUAAAAAGAAACAAAGCAUCUUAGACAAUGACUCAUUUGAUAAGCCAACCAAGCACAAUGAAACAGAAAGCGCUCCCGACUUGCUGGACAAGCAAUCGUCUAGAGUAGACGACGGGUCGAUACCUCCUGGAGCAAUAAGCGAUCCCAAUGUUCGCAACGAUGCUCUUUUCCUAUCACCUGCAGUCAACGUUCGAAAAAAGAACCUCAAGAUCGACCUGGAGACGCUACAUCUCUCCCGGCAGGACAACCCUUAUCUAAAACAGUUAGAAAGAUUCAGUUUGCCUGAAGAAACUCUUCUAUCAUGCUCCGAUUUUCAUUCCCUCGCGGAAAAAGCGCUGCUACAGAGCGAAUGGCAAUUGGAUUCAGAGAAAGAUGUCGAUAUUCACCAGCAUCUGGUAAGAAGUCCGCCCCCGCAGUUCCCGCAGAAUAUAACGCAUUUUAUGUAUAGCCAAGCCAAUUCACCCAAGCGCCAAAUCAAUCAAACAGAUAAUGAAAACGAGGAAAAUGCAGAUUGUGAGGGAAACAAGAGAUCCAAACCCUUGAAUCCUGUACAGCAAAAGAGGGAGUUGGGUGUUUUGGAUCCAGGUAUUAGAGAAGUUCUUGAGUACCAAAAAUCUCAAUUAAUUGCAGGUAUACAACAUUCUCUAAACAUUGGCCAAGCUAAGUUUGGGACAGCUCCUGCCCAUUAUGUUCCAGUUCAAGGGAGCCUUAGUUCACCGAAUUCCCAAGCUCGAUGGACGAACGAUUCGGGAUCGCGUCUCAAAAAUGGAAAUCAAGGAACAGUUCCCAAUACGACUUCGUCCCUUCCAGGUUUGAUAAGUUGCUACUUAGAUUUAGAACAAGCCAGCAGAAAGACGCCAUUGGGACCUAUUCGAAUCGGAAGAACGCUAUCAGAUUCUAUUUGCCACGACAAUAAAAUUUGGAAUACUGGAGCAAAGCAGUGAAUGGGAAUUAUAAUUAUGAGC